AUGGACGCCCACGCGCCUCCGCCCCCGCCGCCGCCCUCCUCCUGCCCGGACUCCCGUGGCUCCUCCCCUCGCUCCCGCGAGCUCGACCCCGACCCCGCCCCCAACCUCUCCUUCGACGAGCCGCCCCCGCCCCCUUCCUCCGCCCCCUCCGCCGCCGCCGCCAAGGUCAAGCUCCUCUGCAGCUACGACGGCCGGAUCCAGCCCCGCCCCCACGACCACCACCUCGUCUACGCCGGCGGCGACACCAAGCUCCUCUCCGUCGACCGCUCCGUCAGGUUCCCCGCCCUCGCCUCCAAGCUCGCCUCCCUCACCGCGGCGCCCGAAUUCUGCCUCAAGUACCAGCUCCCCGGGGAGGACCUCGACGCCCUCGUCUCCGUGGUCAACGACGAGGACUUGGAGCACAUGCUGCUCGAGUACGACCGGCUGUGCGGCGCCUCCGCGAAGCCCGCGCGGCUGCGGCUCUUCCUCUUCCCGUUCAGCUCCGGGUCUCUGGGCUCGGGCUCCAGCGGCGCGAAGUCGGAGCGGCAGUGGCUCGGGGACGCGUUGGACUCGGCGCGGGCCGCGAAUUUCGGGGCGGCGAAUCCCGAUUAUCUGUUCGGCUUCGACAAGGUUUUCUCGGCGGUGCCGCCGCCGGUGAAUUUGCAGGACUUUGUGCAUGCGCCGGUCGUCGCCCAGUUCGGGUUGGAGGAUCGGCGCGUCGCUGGAGAGCAGGUUGCGCCGCCGCCGGAAAUUCAGCAACAGAUUCAGGCGCUGGAGAGAGCACAUAUUUCCGAUCAGCAACAAGAGGCCGCGACGAAUGGAAGCGGCGACGGAGUCAAUCCUGGCGUUUGCACCGAUGAGUACCUUGCUGCUCCGGCAAAACUAGAGACAUUGGCGACAACAGCGCAGGCUGCCGCUCAGGUGGCCGCGCCGGUGCAGAUGCCACCGGCGGCGGCGUACUUGCCGGAGCGGCCCGUGACGGGCGGAGGUUUGCCAUUGGCGGUGAAUGGGGGCCAACCAGCAUACUACAUUCCCGCUCCGGGCGGCGGUGGCUACUUCGCUGCCAUUCAACCGGUGACCGGACCUAUAGGUCAGGGUUACUACGGAGUGCAGAGACUGGGGCCGGAGCUUUACCGGGAACAGGCACUUUAUAAUGCGGUCCAACCUCAGCAAGCCCAGGUCGGUGCUUACGGUGAGGGGAGUCAGGUGGUGCAGCAGCCCGUGAUGGCCGAGGCAGGUUUCUCGCAGGUGGUUUACUAUACGGCGGCCGGAGGGGUAGUUCCGGCAUAUCAGGCGGCGGCGACGGCGGCGACCGUCAAUGGGAUGCAAGGUGGUGGCGCGUUGACUCAGGAUGGUAAAGUUGUUGGUCAGAUACCACAGACAACGGCUGUGUGA